CUCAACUUCAUCGUGUCCAUCUCAGACUCGGGUCCGACUCUGUGGCGACUGUCGUGUGGCGCACUUGUCCAAGUUCGUCCGCUGUGAAAAGCAGAGUUACCGGAGGGAGUCCACGGUGCGGUUUCACGACUCACCCGGCUGGAAGUUAGCUACAGGAGGCAACCGACCCCCAAACUCACCGGAUCUGAAACUUUUUUCACCUCAGAAGACAGUUUUGAAAAAAGAAAAAUGGCAGACAGCGUGGAGCACGAAGUCUCUUCCACCACUGCUCUGUUCAGUGAGGCCGGGCAUCACUACCAGGCCGAGCCGGACUCCGAGCUGGACCAGCCCAAACAAGACCUCUUCAGCGUGGAUGAUAUCGUGGACUUGGUCGGCGGGGCUCAGGACGCCUUGGACCGGCACAUAGCUGAAGAUAGUGCGCCACAUGAGUUCACAGAAAGCUCCUUCGCUCCUCCAGAGGACCCAGUAACGUUACCAGAGCCUGUCCACGUAACGGAGCCGGAACCGGUGUCAGUGCCAGAGGUAACGUUAAAGGAACCUGAACCGGAGCCUGCGAUUCCAGACUCCACCAGCCUGGCUUUUGUUCCUGAUACCCCCUCAUUUGCCGAGGAGCCCGAAGUCGCCCCCAGAGCCGAACCCGAGAGUACGAAGAUCGUACCGGAGCCACAGGCUGCCCCCGAGCCAGAAUCUGCCCCGGAGAGCGACGCCCUCCCAGUGGCUGAACCCCGGAAAGCAGCCCCAGCCUCCGCAGAGGCAGCAGAGCGACCUGCGGUGACAGAGGAACCACCGGCUCCGGCAUCGUAUGUACCUUCUCCUUCUAAAGCUCAGCCUCAUCCUCUGAUGCAAUUCCCUACAGCACUUGGGCAGAAGGGUGAUUCCCCUGCUCCCAUCUCUCCUCUCUCCCCUCUUCACUCCCCCGACUCUCUGGAGGAGCUCUCUCUGACCGAGAGUCCCAACCAGCCCCCUACUUCGGGAUCUGCCGCACCCUUGGGUUCCUUCUCCACUGAACCCCCCACUACUCAUUCCAAGGACAUGCCUUGGGUGGGUGAAGAGGGUGGCACUGGACCGGGCCGUAGUCAGAAUAAGGAAGACCUUCUAGAUCCAUUAGCUGGUCCUUACCUGAGUUUAGGGAAAGACCCAGGCCCUCAUAAUCCAUGUGAAGACAGCGGAGUUUCCUUUUCACCUGAGGAGAAGCUGAUUAGCUCAGACAGGUCCUCCACUGGCCCCUCCCCUGUGAACCCCCAGACGAUGGUCCCUGAGUCUCAUCUUACCUCCUCUAACCCAACAGAGCACUGGGAUUCACCUUUCCUAGCAUCUCAAGACAACUCCAAGGUCUCCAUGGAUACCUUCUCCAAGGACACAGCUCCCAUUAGCUCCUCCAGGUAUGAGCAGGACCUGCACAGCAACCAGUCUGAUGAAGAUGAUGACCUGAUGUAUGAAGUGAAGAAGAAUAAUAACCCAUUUGAGGGCUUUUCCCCACUGGCAGACAGUGGCUACUCCCAUUUUGGAGACUCCAAGCCUGACAGCAGGGCCUCAAAAAUGUCAGAGAGUCCCACACCAGAUCUGGUCCAGUAUGGCCAGACUGGAGAACCCCAGGAUACUCCACCAUCUUUCUUAGAAGAGGGGAAAACAUUUGAGACGAGCAAGAUGGCCACUGAUUCGCUCAUGCAGUCAGUGAGUCUGUUCCCAUCUGGUCUUAAAGAAGAUGAUGAUGAAGAGGAAGAGGAGGAUUCUGCUCUGCCGCCGUCACUCCCAGACAUCCUGAAGUCUUCUCCACUCAAUCCUGACAAAAUCGACUCCGGCUCCUCAGAGGGAAGCCCGGAGGAGCAGAGUCCCAUUCUUGAACGGAAGAUGAUGGAGUCGCCCAACCCUCCGAUCAAUCUGUCAGCUAACAACCCAUUCGCCUUUGAUGCUAAAGUGUCCCUGCUGAAGGAGAUGACCGAGGAGAUGGAAGUAAGAGCGGCCGACAAAGCAAAAGGCGACGAUGACAAAAACUUUGGUGCAUUUGAUCUUGUCAAAGAGGCGGAGGAAACCACUCCCACUAAGGUCAAGGAAGAGGAACCUGUGAAGAUCGAGCAGAAAGAUUGGUUUUCAAGCCACGAUUCUCCCGAAAUGACAGAAACGUUUGAGCCACUUGACUUCCAGAGCAAGAAGACCCCCACUGAGGACUCCGAUUCAGAGUCGCCAACAGCAGACUCCCUGUCUCCAGUCCUGGAAGCCAUGGCUAAGAACCCCGCCAGCUUCCAGGUGGAAACGGAGAAGAAGGACCUGACUAUGGAGGUGGAGGAGCCAGAGGUGGCCGAGGAGGUCUCCGAGCACGAGGUCUCGUCUGAGGAGUUCGAGUUCAUUGAGCGACCACCCAGGGGAGUUAUCGAUGAGUUUCUCGAGGCUCUAGAUACUUCCAAGUUUGCCUCUGCCAAGCCCCCAGAGAUCCCUAUGGAUGAUGAUCUAAGCUUCGGGCAGAAAGAUGUGGCUCCAGUUUCUGCUGCGCCUGUGACAAAUGUAGCCCUGCCCCCCGAGGUUGAACAAGAGGCUCCAAGUCAGAGCUCCUACCGCCUCCUCACCCAGGCCUCCCCCCAGAAGAGCAAGGCAGAGCUGGAGAAGCUCGACAUUCAGCAGCCACCACCCCAAGUUCCCCUCACCCAUUCCCCCGUCAGCAAACGAGAGGAGGCGGUCGCCAAGAAGAGCGCGGAGGGCGGCAAACUGUUUAAGAUGCCAAAUGUGAACAUAAGAGCAGUGGUGGAUCUCGUCUACUGGCGCGAUGUGAAGACCACGGGCGUGGUGUUCGGCGCCGCCCUGCUGCUGCUCCUCUCCCUGAUGGUGUGCAGCAUCGUGAGCGUCUGCUCCUACAUCGGCCUGGCUCUGCUCUCCGUCACCAUCUGCUUCAGGAUAUACAAAGGCAUCCUGCAGGCCAUCCAGAAGUCCGAUGAGGGACACCCGUUCAAGCAGUACCUGGACCAGGAGGUGGCGCUGUCUGAGGACAUGGUCCACAAGUACAGCGACAUGGUUCUGGCCAAACUGAACAAGACCAUCGGCGAACUGAGGCGCCUGUUCCUGGUCGAGGACCUGGUCGACUCCAUCAAGUUCGCUGUGCUGAUGUGGAUCCUGACCUACGUCGGUGCCUUUUUCAACGGGCUCACUCUUCUCAUUCUGGGUCUGAUUGGAGCGUUCAGCUGCCCGAUCAUCUAUGAGAAACACCAGGCUCAGAUCGACCACUACCUGGCUCUGGUCAACAACCAGGUCAAAGACGUCGUUGGAAAGAUCCAGGCGAAGGUUCCCGGGAUGAAACGCAAAACGGAGUGAAGUGACUGGAAGUGGGAGUUUGGAUUCAGGAAGUCCGGAGAGGAAGAUGGUUGGAGGGGAGGGGGCGUACGGGGUGGGGGUGGGGGGUGGAUGUGAAGGCAGGCUGGAGGAGGAGAGGAGGGGUCUGGCGUGGAUGCAGCCCUUCUAACUUUGUCAAAUUAAUAAAAACACUUUUUUUCCAGUUCAGAAUUCCUUUUUUUUUUUUUUUUCGGUGUGUUUUGUGGAGAAGCGGCAGCAGGCGGGGGCUCAGCUGAGCGCCGCCACGCCGAGGUCGACUCCAUGAAACGUUUGUUUCUGUGAGACGCUGAGACUCACAGAAACACGCUCUCAGUUUGAAUUACCCCUCCCUCGCCCGCCCGCUGCAUUGUGGGCGGGGUUUUUUCCACCACGUUGAGUUUUUUCUUUUCCUGCCGCCGUCGAGCCGACGGAGACGUUUUUCUUCGUCGGCCGUUUAGAGGAAGACGAGAGCGAGCAGCGAGCAGCACCUCAUUUGUAUUUCUUCUUUUUUUUUGCUAUGAUUACUGAGUUAGAAGUAUUUUGUGAUUUUACUGUCGUGUCCGUGAAGCUUCGAGCUCGUUUCCUCGGUAACCUGCUGCGUGGUUUCGCCUCGAUGUGACGAAUUCGUGAGCGGCGUCUUUGACUCCCGAUGAGGCGGCGAGGGAAGUGGGGGAGGGGGGUGGGGGGGGUUGUACUACCAUUUAAAAACUUCAUCGCUUCUGAGUAACCCUAGCUAGAAACAUCUAGAAAACCUUUGCCAGACAAAUAAAACACAUUACUUACAUAAAGUCGUUAUUUCCAUGUCAUCGCAGCUGUCUAGUACCGAAAAACUCUGGAAGAAACACGUUUACAUUCAUCCACAUCAGAUAAAAUAUUUAAAAAGAGAAAAAAAAAGAAACGGGAUUUAAAGAAAAAAUAAUCAUACUGUCUGUGGAGCCAAUAUCUUAAUAAAGUUGCAACUUGAUGU